UUAUUGAAGCCUGCAAGCGGCGUCUGCGGACUGCUGGUUUCCAGGAGCUGAAGGAGACCGAUCACUGGAAUGUGGAACCUGCCAGCAAGUACUAUAUGACCAGGAACUACUCGACUAUCAUCGCCUUUGCCGUGGGAGGCAAGUACAAGGCAGGCAAUGGGUUCACCAUGGUCGGAGCACACACGGACAGUCCGUGUUUACGGGUGAAGGUCAGGUCGAAGAAGAUACACGCGGGCUACCUCCAGGUGGGGGUGGAAUGUUACGGCGGUGGCAUCUGGAACACCUGGUUUGACCGGGACCUCACCGUGGCUGGCAGGGUUUUGGUGAAGACGGCCUCAGGUGUGGAGCAACACCUGGUCCACGUGCGUGACCCCAUCCUUCGCAUCCCACACCUGGCCAUCCACCUGCAGCGAGAAAUGAACGACAGCUUCGGACCCAACAAGGAGACACACCUGGUGCCGAUCCUUGCCACAGCUGUACAAGAACAGCUGGAGACGGGAGUGAAGUCGAGCGGUAAUGCCUGUGAGGCCACCCAAAUGUCUGAGAAGCACCAGCCUGUCCUGCUCAACCUGAUCUCCUCAGAGCUGGGGGUGGAGGUGAACGACAUCGUAGACUUUGAGCUGUGCCUGGCUGAUACCAGCCCUCGGAUCUGGGAGUGAGCCCUGGGCGGUGCUUUCAAGGAGUUUAUAUUUGGUCCACGCCUGGACAACCUUCACAGUUGCUACGGAGCCCUGCAGGGCCUGAUUGAAUCCUGCCAGGACAAUGGCACGCUGACAGAUGACACCAACAUCCGAGUGAUUACCCUGUUCGACAAUGAGGAGGUCGGCAGUGGCAGUGCGCAAGGUGCCGCUUCCUCCCUGACGGAGCUGAUCCUUCGCCGUCUCUCGGCCUGCGAGCUCAACCGCACCGCCUACGAGGAAGCCAUCGCCAAGUCCUUCAUGGUCAGCUCCGACAUGGCCCACGCCCUGCACCCCAACUACCAAGACAAACACGAGGAGAAUCUCAGGCCGGCUCUGCAUAAGGGCCCCGUGCUUAAGUUUAACAGCAACCAGCGCUAUGCCUCCACGUCUGUGACCGCUGCCGUUAUGCGAGAGGUCGCUAAGCGUGUGGAUGUCCCUCUGCAGGACGUGAUGGUGAGGAACGACAGCCCGUGUGGGACUACGAUCGGGCCGCUACUGGCCUCCGCCCUGGGGGUGAGAGUGGUGGACAUUGGCAGCCCACAGCUGGCCAUGCACUCCAUCCGGGAGAUGUGCUGUACCUCCAGUGUCCACCACACCGUCACGCUGCUCAAGGUAAGUAAGACCCUUCCUUCACUUUGCAGAUUUUUCCAAUUGUAUUUUGAAAAAAGAGACUUUAUUCGAGAACCAAAUCCGUCCAAUACAUGAUCCCGACAAGACUCC